GACGUAUCAUACUUAUGCGAUUCGCUAGCUGGCUUACUGCCCACUGCACUGGUGUGUAGUCGCAGUCGUAGUCGUAUGCUAACAGAUAUCUGCGCCGUCCAGUCCGGUCGAACCGUCAUCAGUAUUACAGUAAUAAUAAUAAUAAUAUACAGCCCGAGGCGAGCAAUGACGUCCAAAUGAUCAUUACACCUACAUAAUAUAAUACCGUCCGCUAAUUUAUUUUUAUUGGUAAAACGUACCUAUACUAACUUGUACUUUUAUCGAAAUCGCAUAACCCGUCCAAAUAUUGGCGGCGACGAUGUCCGCGCUCUGCGUUUACCUUGCCCAGCUGAUACUUUUUGUCAGCUGCGUGCAGUGUGUCAUGUUCUCCGACGGACAGUCUUCUGAUUCGGACGUUGGAGGCAAUGUCGACGAUGGUGAAAGAAGUAGCGAAAACAACGACCCCCUCACCCCAACGGUCAGCACGGCGAUCAAGAGCUGCCUGGCAGGAGCCGACCCGUUUUUGCCUUGUAUCAACGGGCAUGCUAUGGCCGCUAUCGAACAGACGGAAUCCAUGGACUCUGUGCUCUUGGAUUCGGGGCUGGAGAUUUCCAGACGUCCUGGCGGAGAGGCGUUCGCCGCUCCCCGAGGAGUAUAUUCUUUAGGUGAUAACCCGUACAACAUCGGUGCAGUGAUUGAAGCUGCGUCUUCGUUGCUUUCCAGGCGAACGUUUUGUUGGGACAUGGGUCUCUUAUAUCCGGGACUGCAGAUGCGAAUCGGACCAACGUAUACCGGUAGAGGAAUAAUCGAUUUUAUUGUAAAUCCCAAACGUAAAUUUGACGAGCGAAGUUUGGGUUUCGGACACAUGAUAUUCAAAAGAUCAUUAUUGCCAAACGUGUUGGCUACGCAAAUAAGUAUCGCUUCCGUUAUUCCGAUCAUGUUUGCAGUGUUAUAUUUUCUGACUAAAAAAGCUUUUAUUUUGUCAAAGAUUGCAUUAGUCGUCACCAGUGUAGUGGGCUACGGUUCGUUGUUUCUACACCACAACAAGAAGCCAAUUAUAGGCCAUUCGUUAGGAAGUCAUCAAUUUUACGAUCAAAAUCCGUUUGGUGGUUUAUAUCAUAGUCCAGUUGGUGGUCAUCAUCCUCAUCAUCAUCAUCAACCAAUUGGAGGCCAUCACAACGCGUUCAUUGGAGACAUCAGGGGCAACAAGUUUUACGAAAACUUGAACGCGUUUCAACAGAUUUCUUCAUCCAAACCGUCAUCGAUUUUCCGGGGAGUCAAUUAUUUUCCGCAAGAAGACGAUAAUAAUAAGUAUACGGAGUCGGUAGACAGAAAAAAAAAAGAAACGGAAUAAAUGUAAGCACAUUGCACUAAUAAAAUGGUCUUGACAUAAUGUUAAUAUGUAUGAUAUUAUUUUCUAAAUAUGCAAAUGUUCACUAUUAAAUAAAUAGGUAUUAUAGUUAAGCUCAUAAACGCACUUUGAUUGUUUUUAUUAAUGUACAUUGUUAUUGUAAUACUAUUGUAAUAACUAAUAGAAACAUAAUAUUAUAUUUCCUAAAAAUAUUAUAUGAACUUACAUGGUUUUUAGAAAAAUAAUUACAGAUAUUUAUAGUUCCUAUAUAACAUUUAUAUUUUAGAUGUUAUGUGUAUAACAUGCAUUUGUCUAAUUAAAUAUACUUAGUUAAUACUUAUUAUAUUGUUUGUACUUCUAUACUUCGAGAAACGUUCUAUCUUUAUGCAUUAUUAUGA